AGUCCGGAAGAGAGUGUUGUUGUGAGUGUACACGCAUUUUGACUUGUUGCGAAGAGUGUGUGAAUUCGAAUUGGAUAUUCGUUGGAAGUGAUCGAUUAAUUCGGUUAAUAAAAAUCGAAUUAAUUUUGACCAUUUUGUAUUGAUUUGAUGAAUGAAAUUGUAAUAAAAGCCAAUUGUGUGUGUGUGUGUCUAUGUGCGUACGCAGAAUGAUAAAAUUGUUCGUCGAAUUUUGGGAUUGGGCGACAUGAUCAUGAGUUCAAGUGAAAUAUAGUUUGAAACGACGAUUAAGACGGUUCAGUCAGCCAAGUGACAUGAAUAUAUGACACACGGAUGUAGUAAAAGGAACAAAAUAACGAUCAACUUAGUGGUGCUUGUGCCAAAAAUGAUGACGAAUCGAAAAAAAGGAGCAAAAUACACACAUUUUAUGGGAAUCGCAACGAUGCAAAACCAUUUUGAAUGAGUGUAAGAGACGAGUGAAUACACUGAGCUCGCGACUCGGCGGCGAAUGAAUGAGAUAUCUCAUGCAAAAGAUUGUUGUGCAUCAUACGCAUAAAGAACAAAUUGACUCUGUGUGUCGGGUGUUUUUUUUUUGUGAGCUCCUCAAGCCGUUAAGUGGAAUAUAUAUAAGUUGUUUGCACAUCGAACAAAACCGACAUUCAUUAAGUUGCAUGCAAGUGAUCGUUUUGCGUUGGUUUUUUGCUUGUUUUCAUUAGAAAAACAUUCGAGUCGCGAAAUUAAGGUUGAAUGAAAAAACAAUGGGAAUUAAUACAAUAGAGUGAUAAACAAGUGGUGCUAUUGUGAAUACAACGUUAUAACGACAGAAAAAUAACCACAAUAAUGGAUUACUUUUUAACUAUUCUGUGGAUUUGCUCAAUUACUUCGGUUGGAUCAGCAAAAGUUUCAUUCUUUGGCGACAGUCAUGUGGCAAUGCCACUGCAAGAAGCAAAAAUAUCAACAAAUUUACGGCUCCGUUUUCGCACACGGCAAGACAAUGGCGUUUUAUUUUUAGCAGCCGGUCGCACAGAUUACUGUUUACUAAGCGUCGAUGAUGGUCGAGUCAAGUUGAAUCUGAAAAUCAAUGAACACUUCACCGAGGUUUGGUCACCGUUAAAAGUGAAUGAUCUACAAUGGCACGAUAUCUCUUUCCAACGAUACGAUACGAAUGUAACGAUCCAGAUCGAUGAGCCAAUUAUAAGAAAAGUGUUGCCGCCACAAACGGGCGAAUUGAAUGUGCAUUUCGGCGUAUUUUUCGGCGGUGUGGGUGACUUUAGCGAAGCCUAUUUAAAUUCUGUGGAUAACUUUCGUGGAUGCAUGUCAGAUGUAUUUUAUAACAACAUAAAUGUGUUCAAACGGGCCAAAGAGCGAACGUCGCAUGUGUCGAGCGUGCAUGUGCUGUGGACUUGUAGCUCGGAAUUUGACGCUGAUCACCAUCAAGGGAUUAGUUUCGUACGUGACGAUUCAUUUGUCAUGUUGGCUAAACCGGCCGUUCAAACCGGCGAAAGUUGGAAUUUAGAACUGAAAACAAUCGAAAGCGUUGGCAUGGUGUUGUACAAUAGCGCCGCCGAUUUUAUUGCACUGGAAAUUGUGAAUUCAAGACUACGUUUCUUGGUGGGCAAAGGUUCGAAUGCCGUUGAACUCGUGUCGGAGCGGAACGUUACCGAUGGAAAAUGGCACAAUGUUUCGAUUGCGUACAGCCCAUUUACGGUUGAGUUAAUGGUUGAUGAAACAGUUCACAGUGCAACGUUUGCGAGCAAAAGCAGCAAUGUGUUGGAAAUUGGUGAGGAAUACUUCAUCGGCGGUUUGAGUAGUUUUCCACAACGAAAAGCGACACAAAGAGGCCUUAAAGCGCAAAGUUUCAGUGGAUGCAUUCAAAAUUUGAUGGUUGACAAGCAUGCAGUUGGAUUCCCUCACAUGAAAGUGACGCAUGCCGUUGAAGUGGAUUGCGUGUGGAGUUAUCCUUGUUUGGAAAAAGAUCCAUGUAUUUCAAGUGGCACAUGUCAGCAGUACGAUCAUGAUGAGUUCAUUUGUUACUGUGAGCAGGCAUAUUGCAUCAAAGCGGAUUAUAACGAACACUACAAAAUAUUCACUCGAUCCGAUAUGCCACAGGAGAUGGAACUAUUGUCAGUGAAUCCACUGCAGUUACUUGAAAGCGAUAGCGUCUUCUUGUCCACAUCAGCGAUUGAUGUUUUAAUUGACUACACCAAGCUUGGUAUUAUGGAGGCUGGAAUCGUAUUUAAUAUUGUCUCUCAACCGAAACACGGGAAAAUUAUGAUCACUUCUGAUAGUGGUGGCAAUAAUACAGUAUCCGGCAAAGUAUUUUCCUUAAUCGAAUUGAGCACAGACAAAGUGAAGUACACGCACAACGGUGAUGAGCAACCAAAUGAUCAUAUGACCAUUGACUUGCAAUUGAUCUCAUCGAAUCGAGAUGCGAUUCCAGAUAUUCUUCAUGGGAAACAUCGUUUUGUAUUACAUGCAAAUAUCACCCCUGUUAACGAUGCACCAGUGCUAGCACUGAAUCCAAACAAAGUACUGAGAUUGACUCAAGGCAUACCAAAAGUCAUAACAGCUGACUUGCUAACUGCCAAUGAUCCAGAUAGUCCACCUGCCUCUUUACUUUUUUCAAUUGUACCGCCAACGGAGUCAGACUCACCAGCUCAUCACGGCGUUGUUGAAGUAUCGGGAAAGAGAUCGAACACUUUCACACAAGAAGAUGUCAACCAAGGUGCUGUCACGUAUUUGGUGAAUAGCCAAACAGCGAACGAUAAAUCGUUUGACUUAACCAUUCAAGUGUCCGAUGGUAUGGAGACGAGUGAAAAAGCCUAUCUGCCGAUUUCAGUACUUCCACUGCAAUUGCGCAUGAUUAACAACACUGGAUUGGUAUUGAUUCACAAAUCAGUCGCCCUAAUUACGCCCUGCAAUCUUUCAUUUGUAUCGAAUUCAGAGGACGAUAACAUUGAUGUGAAAUACACAAUAGUGAAACAACCACAAUUUGGUAAUAUUCAACGUCUUCGUGUGGUUGAUUCGUCUUGGAUAAAUGUCGAUUCUUUUACAAGCAAUCAAAUUCACUUGGGUCAAGUUCGAUAUAUCCACAACACCGAUUUUCCGGUUCAUGAUGAUUUCAAAUUCACGGUGUCUUUCGGGCCGAUAAAAAGUAACAAGUAUGAUUUCCGUUUGACAUUCACCAAGUUGAAAAUAGGCAUUCAAAUUCAGAACUCUUUGCAAAUCAAUGGAACUAAAGAGAAAACGGUUACCAAUUCCAAUUUGUUCCAUCAAACCACGCCGCUGCAAACAUUUCCGCGAAAUAUAAUUUACACUGUGAUCACGCCACCACGAUAUGGUUUGAUCUAUGUGAAUGGUUAUCCUGAGUAUGCAAAGGAAAUGGAUUCAUUCACUCAGCAAGAUAUCGACAAAAAUUUGAUACGCUAUCGCACGUAUCAAACGUGUUACUCGAGUUUCAUUGAUGUGUUUGAGUUUGUGAUUUCGGUGCCUGAGUGUGACGAUGUCUUUGGCAGUAUAAAAAUCGUGUAUAAUCCACCUGAAGAACUAUCAAAAAUGUUAUCAUAUCAAACACGCGAAUUAAUCCAUGUUAAAGAAGGUGAUCGUGCUCAAUUGAAUCGUAAACAAUUCGAAGUCCUAUUCAAUAAGUUCAAUUUUCUGAUGUUAAAGCUAUCGGUUCCCCCGCGAAACGGUGUUUUGUGUAAUGUGAAUAGUGAAACGAUGAAAGUGUCCCAAAUCGAUUCAUUUUCAUUGGAAAAACUUUACUUGGGUGACAUUUAUUAUUGCCAUGAUGAUUCGGAAACAACAACGGACUCGAUGUACUUUUUGGUGAUGUCAGAUUUGAACAAAGACUUUCAAUACGUGUGCGAAGUGCUCGUGGAUAUCACAUUAGUUAAUGAUAACGCUCCAUAUCGAUUGGACGACAAAGUGUUCCAUGUGGUUCGGAAUAAAAAUAAAAUCGUGAGUCCAGCCGAUCUACGAUUCGUCGAUCCCGAUAUCAAUACAAACGCAACUGAAAUUGUUUACUCAAAAAUAAACUCGUCGAGUAUUGAAUUUUGCAACGCUGGCUCGGGCAGAACUUUGAGCGAGUUUACGCAGGAUGACAUCGAUCAAGGUAGAAUUUUGCUGAAACACACGGACAACACAGAAGUUAAUCAAGUUUCAUUCGUUGUCACCGAUGGACAAUUUCAAGUGCCAAGCAAAUUUGAUGUCAUUGCUGGGGAACCGUUUAUUAAUAUCACAGAGAAAAAUGCGACAGUCGUGCAGGAAAGCAAGUACAUUCUGAUCAAAAUGAGCGACUUGGCCAUUGAAACCAAUUUGAAUAUCAUCCCGGAUGAAGUUGAAUACACUGUUCUUGAAGGACCCAGUUAUGGUGUAUUGAAGAUAUUGCGGCGCAAAUUCAAUGGCACAAUUUUAGCUCGGGCGAACAAUAAUACGAUUUCGGUGAAGAACUUCACACAAACCGAUGUGAUUCGAGAACGUCUGGUCUAUUGGAAUACGGAAGUUGCUUCGAUGGAUAAAAUUAAAUAUCGAGUAACUGCCAAAGGAAUUUCAGCAGAAGGAGAAAUCAUGAUCCGUAUUUAUCCGCCCGCGUAUUGGGAUCUAUUGCAAAUCAGACGAAAUAAAACACUCUACGUGGAAGAAUCAACUAGUGUGAUGAUUUCGCGUGACAUUUUAGAGAUUGUGCAUCCGAAUAUAUCGCCGGGUGAUAUAACGUAUUUAGUAACCACCUCUCCGCAACAUGGUUAUUUAGAAAUCCAAUCCAUAACAUCUGACGAUGAAUACAAUUGCAAAGUUUUCGAUCAAUCAACGAUCAACUCGGAGAAAAUGUUUUAUAUUCAAGCUGGUGUCAAUCAAUCAGUGGACCAUUUCAUAUUCGAUGUAACCAAUGGAAUCACUUGGUUGCGAGGGCUAAUGCUGAAAAUUGUUAUUAUUCCAGAGAAUUUGUACAUUCAAACUCGGAAUGUGUCAGUUGAAGAAGGCAAAGCGCUAAAACUGGAGCCAAUGGACAUGGUACCGUAUUCGGAUUACUACCGUGGCAAAAUCCUUGAAUAUCGUGUUCUUCAGCAGCCGUCAUUUGGUGACAUAAAAUCGGAAACGUCGAAGGUCAAUCGAUUCACACAUAAGCAGCUGGAAUUGGGCACCAUUUAUUACGUUCACGACGGAAGCGAAAAUGCAACAGAUGUUAUUCGUUUGGUGGCGGUUGCGAGAAACAAGGAAAGUGUACCGUUUGACUUUUACAUCACAAUUAUCCAAGUGAACGAUGAAAAACCGCAAGUCAUUACGAACACUGGUCUGCAGAUGUGGGUGGGCGGACGGUCACCAAUUAAAAAUGCGGAUUUGAUGGCACAAGAUUAUGAUACACCAUCUGAUCGCAUCCGAUUCAUGGUGCUGAACGUUGUCGGUGGUAUUGUGGUGCAUCAGGAUGAUGUCUUUAGUAUACCACUGACGAAUUUUACACAGUACGAAAUCAACGAGAACCAAAUCUACUUCCAACACACAUCAAACAAAUUGAAUGGUCAAAUGGAUUUUUUUGUAACUGAUGGAGAUCAUAGCAGUCCAGACCAAACUCUGUUCGUCACCACGAAUCCAGUUAACUUGGAGCAAAUCCACAAUGAAGUGUUGCACGUUUUCCCGUUGACACGAAAACAAAUUAUGCCAGAUCAACUGAAGUUCAAAUGUUCAGAUGAGCUUCGUGAUGUCGUAUACGAAAUAACAAUCAACCCACAAUUUGGUCGAAUUGUCUACGAGCAUUCAGACAAUGGCAGUUCACAGGAAGUGACUGAGUUUACACAGCAUGAUAUAAAUGAAGGACGAAUCGUGUAUGAACACACGCAUCCAACUGUUGAGCUCAAGUCGAAUGACUCAUUUUAUUUUGACGUAAAAUCCAAACUGGCAAAUAGUUUAAUCGAUCAAAUAUUUAACAUCGAAAUUUCGGUUUCAUCGGGUGGUUUAGUUCGGUUUUUGCCGGUGAACCGUUUGAAUUUGGAUGAAGGUGAAAAGGCACCAAUCAAGUUGGACUUGUCGAAAAUAGUGGAAUAUUUAACAUCCCGGGCGGGUAUUCAAGCGCCUGAGUUGUACAUUGAUAUUUAUCAACCGGCUCACGGUAUCAUCGCACCAAUAAAUGGCUCACGCAAUUUGACCAGAGCAUCACUGGAUGACUUUAUUUCGGAGAAAGUUUACUACCUACAUGAUCAUUCAGACACGGUUGAGGAUAAGAUUCGGCUAUCGGUUUAUCUGCAACAAGGGAAUAUAUUCCUUUGCAAUCUAACAAUUCCGGUCAUCAUAAAUCCAAUUAACGAUCAUGAAUUCUUUUUGGUUACUCAAUCGCCACAAAUGACAAUAAUUGAAGGUGAAAACCGCACGAUAACCAAGAAAGAGCUAUUCACAGAGGAUGCUGACACGGGUCCAGUUGAUAUUAUCUACGAUAUCAUUAGCGGACCAACAAUUGGCAUUUUGAUGAAAAUUUCCGACGAAGGAACCGCUCAAGACAUCAUGACCUAUGGCAAUCGAUUCUCACAGUUGGACAUCAAUGAAAAUCGAAUUUUGUACGUGCAUAACCAUUUGCCACAGCCAACAACAUUCUACUUUAAAGUUUCAGAUGGGAAAUUCACACCAGCAUUUGAGAUUUUUAACUUGAAGGUGAUUCCAGUGACUGUUGAUCCAGGGAAUGACAGAGACUUAGUUUAUAUGCAACAAGGUGCUAACACAACUCACAUUCGUGAAACCCAUUUCGCUGUGGAUACAAACGCUGAUCGCAGCCGAUUGAUGUACAACGUCACCGAUGCACCAAAAAACGGAGUGUUGCUGUGUGAAAACCGACAAACAAGCAAAUUCACGUACAACCAAUUGGUUAAUAAGAAAAUCGUGUAUUUUCAAACUGAUAUGUCGAAGUCGAACGAUAAUUUUAAGGUGACGGUUUAUGUACCAGACACCAGCCAAGGAAUGUUGGAAAAUGUUGAGGUUAAAAUCAUUGUCGAACCAUUAAUCAAGCUCAAUGGAAUAUCAAUUGCAUCGGAAGAUAAAAUCCGUUUAACCACUUCAUUUAUGGACGAGAAUCCGUAUCAAAUGAAAUUGAAUCGAUAUAACCCAAAGAUAGUCAUCACUCGUAAGCCAGAUCAUGGAAAAAUUAAGAAAAUCAUUCGGAACACGGGUGAUUUAGAGCAUUCUAAUGACAAAGACAUCUCAUCGUUCACGUAUAAAGAGCUGAAAAGUGGUGUCAUUUACUUUAUCGCCCGGAAACUUCCAGAGGAUUUAGUUUCAGUCAAUGAUUACUUCGAGUAUGCGCUAUUUAUAAAACCGUAUCAGCCGGGACAGGCAUUUGUUUCCAUCGAAAUACACAAGUUGAAAUCGCAAUUGGUCGAAAAUGGUGACAAAAAUGAUAAUGUGAACGUUACAUACGAAGCAUCUUGGCCGAUAAAUUACCUAUUUAUUGUAGCCACGUUGGCUGCUAUGUUUGUCCUCGUGAUGGUACUGAUCAUAUUUUUGAGAUGUCAUUCGAAUGCUAAAGCAAAUAAGAACAAUAUGGACAAGGACUAUCCGCCACCAUUGCCACGGCCACCAGAUUUCAUGAACAUCAAUAAUAAUCGCAUGUAUUCACCAUCAGAUGGAGAGGAUUCGGUAACGACUUCACUGCCUGUACUUAGCAGCAUACCACAUUGCAAGGUGAUUCCGAUAAAUAGUGUGGAUGAUUCAGAAUCGGAUGAAAUGAUCGAUCUGAAUAACGUCAGCGCAUCACAACAGCUUCAUCAACUACCGUGCUAUUCGCCCUAUGGAGACGAACCGGAUGAGUGGAGCUCAUCGUGUGAUGUGGCCAACGAAGUCAAUUACUCAUCCAUUCUUCAACCAACUUUGCAACGGCAACAAAAUACCAAUCCACUGCUCAGGCGGAAUCAGUAUUGGGUUUAGGGUGGGAUUUCUUUCUAGGAUUAGAAUAACUUAAUUUCACUGUCUUAUGUAAUUUAAUUUGACUAAGCGCAAUUCACUUGAAUCAUUUACGCCAUUAAGGAUUCAUUGCCCACAUUUUGAUUUGUUGUCUAGUUUUUUUUUCAUAAAUCAGAUUCAUUUAGAAUUUCAUUGAUGAUGGGAAACUAAAUUUUAAGGUUGAUUUAAGAUUGUAGGCAAUGAAUUUGAUAUUUAUUAAUGUAAUUGCAAUGAAGUAAUAAAAUAUCGCAAUUUAAUACGAAUAUUGGGGCAGAAAAAUCGCACUUUUUCGAUUGAAUAAUUUAGAAAAAAUUCAAGCAAAAUAAUAAGACUAAAGAAAUAGAAAUAGAAUUCUUUCGCUAGAUCUAAGGUUAAUCGUUUUUCUCGAUUGAAUUAUAAAUAUAAAUAGUGCGACAAGCGAAUUCUCCAGUGUUUAUGUGUCAAUUGAAUACUUUAAAUUUUAAAAGAGUCCGAUCUGUAGUUGCUAUUUAUACAUCUAAAUUCAGCUGAAAAUGUCACCAAUUCGAAAUAAAGAAGUGAUUUCAAAAUCAAAAAAA